AUGUCGCAUCUCGCUCGUGCAGGUCGCCUCCUCGCCCGCCCGUCCACCUCGGCGGCCCUCGCUCCCUCGUCCGCCGCCGCCGUCGUCGCGCGCCCCUUCUCGUCGUCGUCCACCGCCGCCAAGCAGCCCACAUCCGCCACCACCACCGACGCCGACGGCAAGGUCCGCCGCAUCCUCACCUUUAGCAAAAAAUCGGGCCAGUCGACGUUCAAGACGUACCUGCCCGUCACGCCCUCGCUCCGCCAGCUGCGCGUCCCGAUCUCGGAGCACCUCCACAAGGGCGGGCCGUUCCGGCCCCUCACCGAGGCCAAGCGCGGCCACGGCGGCCGCAACGACCACGGCCGCAUCACGAUCCGCGCCCGCGGCGGCGGCCACAAGCGCCGCGUGCGCCUCGUCGACUUUGUCCGCCGCGAGACGGGCGAGCAGCACGUCGUCCGCAUCGAGUACGACCCGGGCCGCAGCGCCCACAUCGCCCUCGUGCGCCACAAGGAGACGGGCGCCGUCAGCUACAUCCUCGCCCCGAACGGCCUGCGCGAGGGCGACACGGUCCAGUCGUUCCGCUCGGGCGUGCCCGACUCGUUCCUGAUCGGCGGCGGCGCGAGCGCGCAGCGCUCCAACGAGUUCGGCGCCGACGUCGACGCCGACGCCGCCGCCGAGUCGGUCGACCUCGUCGACCCGUCGGCGCCGCAGAGCGUCCUGCCGCCGCGUGCGCCGCCGUCCCUGUCGCAGAUCGACGUCUCGGUCCUGCGGUCGCUCGCGCUGCGGCCGGGCAACUGCCUCCCGCUGCGGCUCAUCCCGGUCGGGACCGUCAUCCACGCCAUCGCGCUCUCGCCCGAGGGCAAGGCCGUCCUCGAGCGCUCGGCGGGCGGUUCGGCGCGCAUCAUCAGUGCGUCGAGCCCCGGUGGCAAGCACGCCCAGGUGCGCCUCUCGAGCGGCGAGGUGCGCCUCGUCGGGCUCGACUGCGUCGCGAGCAUCGGCGAGGUGAGCAACGGCGACCACCAGCACCGCAACUUGGGCAAGGCCGGUCGUAUGCGCUGGUUGGGCUUCAGGCCGCAGAGCCGAGGUGUCGCCAUGAACGCGACGGACCACCCGCACGGUGGUGGACGCGGCAAGAGCAAGGGAGGCAACCACCCAACCGACGAGUGGGGCAACGGCAUGAAGGGGCAGCGCACGCGGGCGCCGCAGAGCAAGAACGGCAACAAGAUGGUGGUGCGCGAGCGGCCUCGCGGCGGCAUGAAGAACAAGAAGCGCUGAGGGUCCCUUGUCGAGCGAGUAGACCGUGUUGCUGUGUACGAUCAGAGUCGCACGUCGUUGUCUCUGCUA